AUGAGGCCAGCAGCAAUUUCCCUGGGGCUGAUCGGCGGCGUUUCCGCUCUUCACAUCCCACCUCAAGCUCUGGAACAGCUCCCGCUGGGCGAUGUAGGGAAAGAGCUCGUUAGCUCCGAAGCGCUACAGAGUCAGAUUCAUGUUAGCAAUCUCCUCGAUAGGGCCAAGAUCCUUUAUGGAUUGGCAGAGCGGAGUAUAGAUGAAUACAACCACCCGACUCGUGUGAUUGGCAGCAAGGGGCACUUGGGUACGGUGGAUUACAUCUACUCGACCGUCACUGGUCUCGGUGAUUAUUACAAUAUCACAAACCAAAGCUUCCCGGCCGUUUCAGGGAAUAUUUUCGAAUCCAGGCUUGUUCUUGGACAUAAGGUGCCGGCAUCAGCUCGGCCGAUGGGGUUAACACCUCCCACGAAGGACAAACAGCCUGUUUAUGGUCAACUAACUCUCGUGGCUAAUCAAGGAUGCGAUGAGGCUGACUAUCCUUCUGGCCUUGCGGGGGCAAUCGCCUUGAUAGAGCGCGGCACCUGUCCAUUUGGCACCAAGUCGGAGCUGGCUGGGAAAGCCGGCGCUUUAGCUGCUGUUGUGUACAACAAUGAGCAGGGUGAAGUUAGCGGAACUCUAGGCACUCCAUCGCCUAACCACGUCGCAACUUUUGGUAUCUCGGACGCAGAUGCCGCGCCUUUUGUCAAGCAGCUCAAGGAAGGGAAGAAAGUCGACUCGAUUGCUUAUAUCGAUGCGACGGUCGACACCAUCCACACUACCAACAUUAUUGCCCAAACCAAGGGAGGAGACCCUCAAAACUGUGUAAUGCUGGGUGGCCAUAGUGACAGCGUGGCAGAAGGCCCUGGCAUCAAUGAUGACGGCUCAGGAAGCUUGACGCUUUUGGAAAUAGCAACCCAGCUUAGCAAAUACCGCGUCAACAACUGCGUGCGUUUUGCGUGGUGGGCCGCCGAGGAGGAGGGACUGCUAGGCUCUGAUUAUUACGUUUCUGUGCUCAGCGAAGAGGAGAACUUGAAGAUCCGCCUCUUCAUGGAUUAUGAUAUGUUGGCCUCGCCGAAUUUUGCAUACCAAGUUUAUAACGCCACCAAUGCUGUGAACCCCGUUGGGUCUGAGGAGCUGCGCGAUCUAUACACCGAAUGGUACACAGCUCACGGGCUCAAUUUCACUUACAUUCCGUUCGAUGGGAGAAGUGACUAUGAUGCCUUCAUUCGGAAUGGUAUCCCCGGAGGUGGAAUUGCUACGGGCGCAGAGGGAGUGAAGACCGAGGAAGAGCAGGCCAUGUUCGGCGGGAGGAAGGGUGACUGGUAUGACCCGUGCUAUCACCAGCUCUGUGAUGAUCUUGGAAACGUCAACGCCACGGCCUGGGAAAUCAAUAGCAAGCUGGUUGCUCACACAGUUGCAACAUAUGCUUCUUCGUUUGAUGGAUUUCCAGCGCGGACGGGUAUCAGCAGCAACGCAGUGGAGCUCGAGAAACGCAAGUACCACGGACCUAAGCUUGUCAUGUAA